AUGUUUCGAGCCCGGCGAUACCGAGCUCUGCUAAUAUUUGCAGCUGUAUUCGUCUUGGCUGUCAUUCAUUUUGGUCGAUCUCGCCAGCUCCCUACAGUGACACUGGGUGUUCCUCCACCUGUCGAUCGGCCAGGCUCUUACCCUCAAAGUCCACCCGCAGUGGACAACAAAGGACCUGCACCAGAGACCCCUCUACCAACGCCUCUACCGAAGGGCUCGACUGAUCCCAGUACUUCAGACGAAAAGGUCCCUUCGCAGUCUCCCCACUCAGACAACGGUUUAUCGACUCCUGAACGCCCCAAACCGUCAGACGAACCGCAGACUAAGGAGGAUGGGCCUCAUUUCCCAAACAACUCUGGCUCACAGAGUCAGGGUACACUAGAUUCGGACCGGCUCGAGGAUCUACCGGUGCCUCAUUGGAAGAAAUUGCCGGAGCGAUAUCCUGUCACACCCGCAGAUUUGAUCAAAUUACCGACCGGCAAAUCGAAGUCGCUACCAAAACUGCAGGCUAAAUUCUCCGAUGAAGCAUCUGAAGAUAAGAUCAAACGGCUAAACAGACUAUCCACCAUCAAGGCGACAUUCGAACAUGCAUGGAACGGUUACAAGAUGAAUGCCAUGGGUCACGACGAGGUCAUGCCGCUCCGCGGUGGAUUUCGAGAUCCUUUCAAUGGGUGGGGCGCAACACUCGUUGACACGUUGGACACCCUUUGGAUCAUGGGCUUGGAGCAGGAAUUCUCUAUCGCUGUCGAUCAUGUGAAGAAAAUAGACUUUACGACAAACAAGAAGAGCGAGAUUCCAGUUUUUGAAACGGCAAUCCGAUAUCUCGGUGGUUUACUGGGUGCCUACGAUAUCUCGGGACAUAAGUAUGAAUUACUUCUGGAGAAAGCAGUCGAAUUGGCGGAAGUCUUGAUGGGCGCCUUUGACACGCCCAACCGGAUGCCAAUGCUCUUUUACAAGUGGAAGCCGGGAGAUGCAUCAAAUCCUCAUCGUGCUAGUGUCAUGUCCGUUCUUGCCGAACUGGGCUCUCUUUCGGUAGAAUUCACACGCUUGGCGCAAUUGACCAGGGAUGACAAGUACUAUGAUGCAAUUGCACGGAUCACGAAUGAGUUAGAGAAAUUCCAAAGCCAAACUAGCAUGCCGGGUCUGUGGCCGAUGAAAGUCGAUGCUUCUGGAUGUACAGUUUCUCAAUCCCGAACUGGCCACGAGGCCCCGCGUGAUUUACCACGGAACUCUUCCAUUCCUACGGCUGCCCCUACAGCUGCUGAAAGCCCGAUCUCUUACCCGACUGACGCGGAAAGUUACAGAAUUCUUUUGGACGCACGCCAGCUCCAUGAAGACGCACAACCAGCCAUCUACGACACAAACCCCCAGAUCCCAGCUCCCAAGGCGCAUGAAAUUCCGACUUCAACUGGAGAGACUGCGGAGUACUGCAAAGGGGGGCUUACCAAUGCGCCGGGUUCCCACCAAUUUGGGCUCGCGGCCCCCGGGGAUUCGACAUAUGAAUACCUUCCUAAGGAGUAUAUGCUUUUAGGCGGUCUCAACGAUCAGUAUCGCACAAUGUAUGAGAAGACCGCGGAUGCGGCGCGAAAGCAUCUCCUCUUCCGGCCCAUGAUCAAAGACGACCGUGACGUCCGCUUUUUAGCUACCGUCACCAAACCCCGACCGGACGCCGAAUUCGUCUAUCAGUAUGAGGGGGCACAUCUGACCUGCUUCGCUGGCGGCAUGUUUGCCAUUGGAUCCAAAUUGUUCGGAAUUGACAGUGAUCUUAAACUCGCAGCUAAAUUGACGGAUGGAUGUGUAUGGGCGUAUGAGUCUACGAAGACCGGUAUCAUGCCAGAACAAUUUCAGAUGAUACCCUGCAAAGACAAUGAACCGUGUGUGUGGGACGAGGCUAAGUAUUGGAAGGCUUUGGAUCCUAACGAGGAGCAACGCCUUGCUAAGGGUAGGAACCAGAAAGAGCUUAUCGCGAAGACGGAGGAAAAGAAGGAUGAAAUGAGAGGAAUCCAGACCAACGGGACGUCUCCCACUCCAAGAUCUCUUCGCGAGAAGCGUGACCCCGAGCGAGGCAAUUGGCACGUUAUUGCCAGCCCUACCCAUACUCCUAAACCUAGUGAUCUCAGCGACGUAGAGGGACGGGGCCCUAAAGGAUCUUCGACAGAUUCAACGCCGUCUCACGAAGAAUUUGCUUUGUCGCGGAUCCGGAACGAGCAUCUUCCGCCGGGUGUGGUCCGCAUUAACUCUCGCAUCUAUCUGCUUCGUCCCGAAGCCAUUGAGUCCGUCUUCAUCAUGUACCGCCUCACUGGUGAGGAACACUGGCGCGAGAAGGGUUGGAAGAUGUUUGAAGCCAUUGCCAAGUAUACUCGGACGGACAUAGCGCAUGCCACGAUCAAGGACGUCACCGUCGAAAAACCAACAAAAUCCGAUGAGAUGCAGUCGUUUUGGCUCGCCGAGACAUUGAAAUACUUCUAUCUACUCUUCAGUGAGCCGAACGUGGUAGAUCUAGACGAAUAUGUUCUGAACACUGAAGCGCAUCCUUUCAAGCGCCCCGUAUAUUACAUCUGGACGAUAACAGAUGAAUACCUCCAGACUGAAUUAGAGGUCACGAGAUGCUCGUACAAGCUGCUUUCAUCGAAAAUUUUCGCCUCACAUGCGGGUUACGUUCGGAGACAAAUGAUCUACGGUUUAUUGCAGGACGAUGAUCCGGAUACACUUUACCUAAUUUCGUCGUUUCUUCUGUUUGACGGUCGGCAGAAUGAAGUCGCACUACAAAUGAUGAACGAAGAGGGUGCAUUCCCACGUUUGUUAGAGCUCCUUCAAGUGCAAAACAGGAAGAGAGAGGUCGAGGGCGAUGGAGCGGGGCUUGAUCGACUUUUUAUGGACUUAAUCUAUGAGAUGUCAAGAAUCCAAAGAAUCAAGAUGGAGGAUCUGGUUCUCGUGGAUGAUGAAUGCAUUAAAAGCCUCUUUGAUAUCAUUGAAGAGCUCUCCUACGAUUCGAGUGACCCAUACCAUUAUACAGUAAUUCGAGUUUUGUUGGUUCUGAACGAACAAUUUAUGAUCUCAGCACACGAUCCCGUGGACGAGAAGAGCUCGACUCCAUUGACAAACAAAGUUAUCAAAAUCUUGUCAAUGCAUGGUAAUCUCUAUAAGACGUUUGGCGAGAACAUUAUCCUUCUUAUAAAUCGAGAAGCCGAAACGUCGCUUCAGCUUCUCACCCUAAAGCUACUGUACCUGAUAUUCACAACGCCCACGACCUUUGAGUACUUCUACACGAAUGACCUCCAUGUGCUGGUCGAUAUCUUAAUCCGAAAUCUUCUGGACCUGCCCGAAGAGGCUUCUGCUUUACGGCACACUUACCUGCGCGUUCUCUACCCAUUGCUAGCCCAUACCCAAUUGAAGACGCCGCCACACUACAAGCGAGAAGAACUGAAAAGAAUGCUCAGCAUCCUCGUCCGAGGUCAGCUUUCUAGCAACGAGAUCGACCAGGGUAAAAUCAUGCAUUUCGACGAGGUCGACGAAACGACAAGAAGACUCGUCAUUCGAUGUGCUACGGUGGACUGGCUGCGAGAUGAAGAGCCAGACGCUCAAUCUCCUAAAGAGCUCGAGGUAGAUACUACUACACCUUGUCCUGCAAUCCCAGAUGGCUGUCAUCCGGAGGCUGAGAUAGGUACACCUUUGGAGCCAACGACGUCACAGCCCAUUUCUCCCACAAGCACGGUUGGAAGCUCCCCUGUGGCUCUGUCUCCGACCAAUCUCGAUGGAUCGCCCAAAACAGAAGUAGUCAACCAAGCGCAACGCUUGGGCAUGCACUUGGAACCUGCAUCGUCGUCCUCCCUGAGCGUACAAGAAGUAGCCGCACAGCACGAGAAGCCAGGCGUCCUAACGCCGAGCCGCAAUCGGACUCAAAUAGCGACAACGGACCGCCCAUCCAGCCCCAACAAACCAAAGAUCAAACCACUACCACCGAAGUCAAGACGCUGGCGUGGACGACGCACCACUGGAGACGAAAACGACAAGAUCCCCGAAGAGCCAGGAAUAGGACCCGGAACAAGCGCAAGUCCAAGUCCCGUCACACCCUCAACACCAUCUAUCCCACAAGAACCCUCCGACAGAAGGGGUUCAACAACCACAUCCGGCCUUGUCCCUCCCAUCCCAGCCCAAGGCCGUCGCUCCGCCUCAAACCCACCCCCAGCUGUUCCCCCGCCGAGACGCUCUACCCUCCAGUAG